AUGGAGAAAAUGUUUGCAGUGGAAAGAAAGGCAUUGUGGGACAUUAUCCUCAAACAGAAUCAGCUUAUAACUUCCAUACAGAAAAAGAGACGAUGUGACCAAGCAAAGCUCACAAAUGGGAAACGACAUAUCAGAUUGUUGGAAGGAAAGCUACAAGAGAUGGAAGCCUGCAUUGUUGAUAUAAGCAGAAGAAACGUGAGGAUGGUGGGUAGUUCAAGAACCCACACCGAGGCUGAUCUACAGCAGGGCCCUGAGGCAAGGCUGAGAAUUGGCUCACUAGUGUCGAGCAAGAAGCUGGCAAAGCUCACCAAAUUCUUCGGAGACACUCCACCAGUUCUUCAACAGUUUCUGGAAAAGCUAGGUUAUGAGGAACACGUGGGGAAGCUACAGAGAGCCGGUAUUGGGUUACCUGAGCUCCCACACAUAACAGACGAGCAGCUGCAGCAGCUGAGAAUCCCACUUGGGCACCGUGCAAGGAUACUGUACGAGGCUCGGAAACUCUCUUCUGACACCUAGCAGCAAUCAAGCACACACACAUACCCUUCACGUUCUAUGAUUAUAAUAAUAUAUAAAAAUUUAAUUUCGGUUCACAAAGUGCAAUGUAAAAAAACUAUCACCCAUUAAAAAUACUAUUGGUCUUGCGGUAAGACAUUCGUGUAGUAUUUCUGGUAACGGCUAGCAAUACACUUGAAGUGUUUUGCAGACAGAGCCUCCCAGGACAUGACGACACCGUUCGAUUCAGUCGUGGCACUGGAUAUAAACGACACCUCCCCGUACCCUCCGCUGAGGAUCAUUGCGCAAUUCUUCAUCUCCACCUCGGUCUGCGGGAUCUCCAUCAGACACUUUGUCGUGUUCUUGUGGGCCUUGAAGGCGGAGAGGACUCUAGGCGUAUCGGCAGCCAAGAGAAUGACGAUGGCACCGCAGGAAAGCCCAACCCACAGCGUGUCGAGUACGCACUCCAUCGACGACAUGCGGACGUACGACGGAUCGAGGACGAGGUCACAGCAGACUAUCUUGAGCUCCUGGGAGUAGUCGGUGGUCUGCUUUAUGCUCCCCGUGUUGCUGUCCCAGCUUGUGAUGGUGGACCCCAAGCGCACAAGGCUCCAGACUGUGGACAAAUCCUUGGAGUAAACCAGAGUGUAGAUCUGGUCACUCUCGCAGGCCGGCCACCGCUUUGCGAGUGUAACGUUGUCGUCGUCUGUUGCAACCACCACAAUCUCGUUUCCACAGGCGAGCCAUAUUGACUCGCCCACCAGUAUCAUGGACAUGAUUGGGUGAGACCCUACAAUCAUCUUUCUCGAUUCCUUGGGAAACUUGAGUUUUGGGUAGUAAGUGAGUAGCCCGUUGGCUUGCGCGAUGAAGACAAACGUUUCGUUGUCGAUUAUAGAGGUGACGGAAUCAUUGACGUAGACGCGGUCGGUAAACGUGAAAGUGGUGGCGUCGUAGGCGUGCACGCAGGACUCCGUCAUUCCUAUCCAGACCUUGCUGUCAAUAGUGUGGAUGGAGUUUGCACUCUCUUUCAACUCCAGACUCCCCUGCACGGAGAGCGUCUGCGCAUUCACGAUAAACACUUGCGUCCCUUCGCUUGCCUCACUCGAGAGAUCGACGACCUGCUUGGGUCGGUUGUACUCUCCGUAGACCCAUAUCUGGUGAACGGACGGGACGUAGCAGCAGCCCCGGACAGAGAUGCAGUCUCGCAGGGCGCUGGUGGCAAUGUGGCAGGUGGUGGCCGGGUGCGAGAGGGUGCGGGUGAGAAACAGGGCCGUCGGUCUCUCUGUCUGGUCCUCGUUCCAACACUCCUGCAUCAGUUUGGUCAUGGUGCUGUAGCCCGACGUUAUGGCCGACAUCAUCUUGGGUCGCUGGAAGACGGGCACUUGGUCUGCGUUGUGCGCCGGACCAAACGGGUGCCAGCGUGUGACUAGUUCGUACAGGAGCAUUCCGAAGGAGUAUAUGUCGACUUUUUCCGUGUAUUCCUCCGUGAAGGAAUAGCGAAGCAUUUCGGGUGCAUGGUAGGCAGCAAAGUUUGGUUUCCCAAUGAGGCCACUUGGUGUACGAAACUCAGCUCGCUCGAAAUUUGUCAACUUGAUGUUCACCUCGUCUGCAAAAUCCAGUGACCAGACCAAGAUGGAACUUGCCUUGAGCGUGCGAUAGAUGAUCUCUUUUCGAUGCAGGUACUCCAAUGCGGAGGCCACCUGACAGCCAAUGUGGAAUCGAAUCGCCCUACUCACCCGCUGCUCAGUGUCCAUCAGCUUCUGCUGCAGGUUACCCAUCGGAGCCUUCUCCAGCAGGACACACGGCGGACUGAGACAAAACCCAAACGUCCGUACAAUGUUGGGGUGCUUCAAAUGGAACAACAUUUCCAUCUCUUGUCUCACGUACGAGAGGGGGCCUGUGAUUGUUCUACCGUCUGAGUACGAGUUCAUUUUCACGGCCACCUCCUGCCCACGGAUUUUACCGUUGUACAGGGAGGCGGAUAUGCUGCGAUGGAGGGGGCGGGACUGGUUAAAUUCGAAAGAGUCAGCGCUCAGGUUGUAGCUGGAGGGGAAAUCCACUAUGAGGUAGUCGGGAACGAGAUCUCGCAGCGGGACGGUCUCAGGGUGAUAGCGACAGUGCUGGUUCUCGUUUUCUUUCAACGUGUGGACACAGGUCUCCACGAGGAAGUUUGUGGGGUUUCGCUGCUUUUUCUCGAUGCAAAUCGGGCAGAUUGCCAGCUGCGUCAGCUCGUGCUUGUGGAGGGGAACGUCGACAGAGAACAGGUCAGGGUAGCGCUCCUGGAGCAGGUUCUGAAUGAGCUUGCAAAGUCUCGCCAUCACGAUCCUGCCCUUGGUGUUCUUUGUGGCGCAGAUCUCGAUCCCUCUCUCCUCCACGCUAGACAUUUCACAGGAGCAGGGAAACACAGAGAAAGUGAUGUCCUUCUUGUCAUAGAUGAGGCCAGUGUUCCACACUUUGACCCCUCUGUCCACCAAGGCUAGCUCCAUAGAGUGAGACCCUCGAUGUUUCGGUGGCAUACUUUUAACCCUUUUCACCCUCAUUCGACUGGGCUGCUGGGUGGAAUCGGCACUGAAAGUCUGUGUGGGUUUGAUUCUUCCUCUGGGAAGCUCCGGACCAUUGUUCUCAAUCAACAGUGUUGAAGGUGAAAGUGAAGUGCCGACUAUGUUGUCGCCCUGUUUUCGAGGAAUAUCGAGAGCUUGAGUAUGACUGCCCAGUACAGGUAGUGACAUUGUAGGGUCUGGGGCAGCGACAGCCUCCCUGGGGCCCAACUUCAGACUCACUUGCUUGUCGUCCCUACUCCUUGCCUCGCUCAGCGGGUGAGUUACACGUACGUCAGUUGGGCCUGGUUGUGUCCUGUCCAUCAGUGAUUCCGGUGGGAUCAGGACACACGUCUCCAUCUCGUCUGGAAGGGGGCACACUUCCAUACCAGAGCCAGUUAAAACUGUUGCUCCUUGGUCAAGUGAAGAUUCUAUUUCGAUGUCCGGCGAGGUAAGAGGAGUUCUUCUCUCGGGCUCCGGUGUCGUGCCCGUGAUUCCACCUUCCUCUGGAGUGUUGGUACCCGAUUCUGGUGUAGUGGUCGGCGACUGUGGUGUCGUGAUGGCCAACUCUGGUGUCGUGGUGGCCGACGCUGUAUCUUCACGCGGUUUAGGCUCAGCCCCAGCGGUUGAAACUACCUCUCCAUCCGAUUCGAUACUCAAGGAAGGAGCACUGGGGCCACGUUUAAAAUGAAUGUUUUUGUGUUUGAGUUCCGCCUGUUCGUCUGUUUCUUCAUCGGUUUCCACUGGUCUCUCGGGGGGAUCAUCUUGUUCCCCGACGCUCUCGCUGGACUUCUUAGACGACAACGGACCGCUUUUCCUUUUUGGCGUCUUCAUUUCGGUGACUCGGUGGAGGCUGGCCAGUAUGCGACAUAUGACGCGGUACCAGAGGUCUGCAGGGAGGGCCUUUGUUUUGGGGGCAAACUGCCUCCGGAGGCUCCCCACAAGGAGCUGGGAGGAGGGAGGGGUACAGUGGGGGAGGAGGUGGGGGAUCAGUAGCUGCUGUUCAGUCUUGAUCGGGAGGACGAUGGCGUAGCGGACCAUCAAUCGGAUGAGGGCCUUGGACAUCUGCUGGCUCCACUUGAGGUCGGCGAGGGAGCAGAGCUCCGUGUAGCUGACGGUGACUCUCUCGGAGUGCUGCAGGGCGUGGUGGAGCACCCGGAACAUGGUGGCAAAGAGCCACUCGGGCCGAACAAAGUAGUACUGGUCCAGCCGAUGGUUGGGAUCAGGGUAGUGGAGGAGUAACCCGGCCUCUUGCAGGAAAUCGACAAUCACGGGCAGCUCCAUUCGAUCGGGAGAGUCGUGAGGUAGCGCCCUCUCAAAGAGGUUCCAGAGUGCGUUUUCCUCGAGUACGCCGGGCUUCCCGCGGUUUCGGAACACCUGCUGCUCCUUGUCGAUGAUAGAGAUGAGGUUGAAGUAGUUCUCGGGGACGUGACGCCCGGUCACAAGCUGCCCGUUUACCACCAUCGUCGAUGCAAUCUCGUAUAUCUUCUGCUUUACGUCCACCUGAGCCGUGUCUCUCACUGCGUUUGUGACGGACAUCAUCCCAAUGCCGUGGUACUGGAGGGUCCGGUAGAUCGGCUUUGAAAAGAACUGGCUGAGCCGCUUGGUAAGGUUUUCAAAGUUGGCGUCGGCCCACGCUUCGAACGGUUCCGGGAGGAUGACCAUGACGAGUAUGUUUGCAGCGGGGACGUACCUGGCCAGGAGGUCGACGUACAGCUUUAUCUGCUCCCUCAUCUCUCCCGUCCUCGUCAUGUCCCAGAUGAUGAGGUAGAGGGCACAGGGGCUGAAGAAGCAGGGGAAUAUGGGGGAGUAGUCCGUGCUACUCCCCAGCACCCACGUGUUGAAGUGGAGUUUGAGUCGUUUGAGCAAGGGUCUGUAGCUCCACUGGAAGAUGCCGAUGUCGGGUAUAGAAGUGGACGAACCGGCUCCCCUCAGCCUUGAAUACAUUACAGACUUGGCCACAUCCGACUGGCAGAGGAUCACCACCUUGACAUAGUUACACGGUUUGCUGGAGCGAGCUCGGGCCUUGAAGAACCCUCGCACCUUGCCCGGGAGUACAGGGAGGUCCUUGAUGUUGGCGUUGGUCACGUUAAGAUUCACCAGCUUCUCGAGAUUCUCCAUCUCCUUGGGGAGGGAGGAGAUGGGCAUGUGGCUCAAGUCGAGGGAGGUGAGGGUCCGUAUUCGGCACAGGCAGCGGGGCACGGAGGUGAAUUGGUUCUCUUUCAGAAUGAGGAUCUCGAGCGAGGAGUGCUGGAUGCUGUUUGGGAGAGUGUGGAGGCAGUUUCUGGUGAGGUCGAGUGAGAGGAGCUGCGGACUCCAAUUCUCCGUCUCCGGAAGCUCCUUGAGGUGAUUGUGGCUGAGAUUGAGGUACUCCAGGUUGGGCAUCCCGAGGAGACUCGCCUGCACGGAUUCCAGAAGGUUCUGCGACAGGUCCAGCCGCCGCAGCUGGGAAGACUUGAACAACUCCUCGGGGAGUUUCCUCAGGUGGUUAUUGACAAGCUUCAGACUCACCACCCAGGGGGCGAUAGAGUACAUCCAGCUGGGGUGGAGGAGGGUUAGUUUCAGCUUGCUCCACUCCACCUGUUUCCUCCGCAUGUCGAGGUCGGUCUUCAGUAGGAGCUCUUUGGUUGCCUCGUAGUUCUUUUCCAUGAUGGAGACGGCUAUCGGAUAGCUCAUCAACUUGGUGUUGUGCAUGUCGGCCAUGUUUGUGUACACGUCUUUCAUGUACCAGGGAGUGUUCUCACUGUCUGGGGGUUCGGAGAGCAGGGAGCGGAUUGAUUGACAGUCGCCAGUGAUCGUGGCUUUGCACAGGAGAAGCAUCGCUAUAGAUUUGACUCUCUCCAGCUGGAUGGCCAAGUAAAGGGCGCAGUCGAGUCUCCUUGCCCCAGAGACUAU